AAUUAUGGUAUGGAAAAUGAAGACGUGUUUGUGCCACUUGAUCCGCGACUAGUUUGGGUAAAAAACCACAAUGUGAACAGAAGGAAGAAGCGGGUGCCGUCAUCGUCUGAUCUCAAACUACUUUCGCUCAAUCGUCUUAAACAGCAGCAAGCUUGUGAGGAUAACCGCAAGGUGGCUGUGAAGGAUGUAAGUUGGUGGAAGAAGUGGGUGGCGGCGUGGAUGGAUGUGGUGAGUAGGAAGAAGUGGGUGGCAUGUACAGGCAUAUUCAUCAUGCUCAUGCUUGUCAUGGCCGCCAUCCCGCAUGACGAGGACUACCAUGACUUUGCCGACCAACGCACACUUUUCCUUGGGAUCCCUAAUACGCUGGAUGUGAUCUCAACAAUCCCCCUCUUUUUUGUCGGUCUCGCCGGGCUCAUCCUUAACCACUGCAAAAGCUAUUUCAGGAUAUGGUCACAGGGGGAUCUCUACACACUCUUUGCUACUGUCAUUGCUUCUGGCUUUGGUUCAUGCUAUUACCAUCUCAACCCAAAAAAUGGCACCCUAUUUUUGCACAGAUUGCCAAUGGUGACCGCUUUCACAUUUUUUGAGGUCAUUUUCGUUAUUGAAAAUUUGGAUGAUUGGGCAAGACCAAAGUCCCUUGCAUCAACAAGCUACUGGUUAUGGGCAGCAGGAUUGUACAUCCUUGCUAGAUUAGAAGAGGUUGCGGACAAACGAAUUUAUAGGUGGACUCUUCAGAUUGUUAGUGGGCAUACUCUUGGUCAUUUAUGUGCUUCGAUGGUACCUCUUUUUUUGAUUCUCAUGUUAGCAAAAAAGACAAGGCCAAUUGAACUAGAAAGACGCAUGGCUCCAGUGCAUCAUCAACUAAAGCUUACUUUCAUGGUCUGCUUGUUGGUGCCCAAGUUGAUCUGCCUCUGGGUGCCCAAGAUACAGGUUAGUGUCAACAUUUGCGAAGUCGGCAUUCUGAUGUGGGAGUUUGGUGCUCGUUCUGUUAAUCAGGCAAAGAUCUCUGACCAGCGAGCAGUGUUAGAAACCCCAAUUCGUGCUUGGGAGAUGGUGUCGCGAAUUCAUGGCCUUUGGGGGAUGGACAUUUACAAGAAUAAGGUGCAUCAGUUUUUACAGAUCUGUCUCAUUCUGUCAUUCGUCUUAGAGCAUCUCCAACAGCCGCGCAACGCGCCGCGCGCAAAAAAGGCAUUUGCCGUGCUCCGUUUGUCUGGUUUGGCGCGGCCGGCAGCGGUGGCUCCAGCAGACGCGUUAAAAUUGAGCGCGCGCGCGUAG